UCAAUUUGAAAAACUCAAUUGAUAUAAUUAUAAAUUAAAGCUUGAUGGUUGGGGGCUUAGCUCUGAACACCAGCUACUCAUCACCCUCAUAAAUAGAGUUAUAACCACCAUACCUGCCAAUGUCGUAACCACCUCGGCGAGAAUCCUCGUGACCACCUCGGUUGAGCUUCCUCCAGGCUCGAGAGUGAGUGAUCCAUUCUUAUUUUACUUACCAUUUCAUACCCCGGUGAGGACCUUUGUUGCCUUUCCAUUUGUUCCUCGGACUUGAAUUCCAUGCAUGGUUGGUUGUGGUCGAUAAGUGAUUUUGUUGAGACUUGCAUUCAUGCAUGAAUAGGUUGAGAACUUUUCAUUUGCCUGUUUUGGUGGCUUUGAAUGUCGUUUGUGGUGGAUGUAAGUAUUGCUUGCAACGGUUCAUGUGUUGAUUGUCAAUAAACAUUGAGAAUUCCCGUUUCGUGCCCUUUGAGUUGUCCCCAAAGUAUUUAUAUAGGUUGAAACAUUACCGUGUGCGUGAAAUGGUUUGCUUGGGGACAAGAAAACGUCUAAGUGUGGGGGAUUGAUUCGGGUCUAAUUGCACAUGUUUUGCCCCCCUUUUUACUUUGUUGUUUGUGCGAAAUUCACUCCUUAAAGGUUGGUUUUACGCUAGGUUCUUUGUGUUCGAGUGUGUUUUAGGAUUUAGCAGGUGAAACUAGCCUCGAAGUCGAAAGAUUGGCGAAAAGGAUCGAAAACCGGGAGAAGAGGUGAAAAAGAGCCAGUUCACAGCUAACAAAGGGAGUUCGCGGUCUUGCAUGACCGUGAAGAAGAGGAGUUGACCGUGAAUCGCGAGGCGUCUAGAGCCAAAGUGAAGGUUACUGACGCAAGGUGAGUUCACGUUCACUAAGACCGUGAACAAAGCCAGUUGACCGUGAACUCGAGUGAACGAUGCGACGCGUUUUGGUGCACACCUGCAGUUCGCGGGCGUGUUUCAUAGUUCACGAUCGUGAACUCAGGCUGUGAACUCAGAUCAUCUCUGGUUUAAAAGAUGAGUUGAAAGGAGGAGAGAGGAAAGAGGAAAGAGCCCAUUUGGUGUGAAAAGCCUUCUUCUUCAUUCUAGAGAGAGAAACACAAACCAAAGGGAGAAGAAGGCUGGAGUUCAGCUUCAAGGCAGAUUUUGAGAAGAUUUCCUCCAAGGGAAGCUCAACUCAAGGGCCAAGAAGUCUGGGAGCAUCCUCCAAGAUGGGUUCCAUCUCUUUCCCUUUUGUUUUUCCCACUUCUAGCAUGGAGUAUACCUCAUUUCAUUGGGUGUUGUGAAACCCUAACUCUACCAUGUAGUUUUCUUUUAUGUGUUUUGGAUAAUUGUCAUUGGGUAUUUUUUAAUUCAAUGAAUGAGGUAUUAUUCAUCAUGAUUGUGCAUGCUUGUGCUUAGCAACCUAGGGGUUGUGCAUAUUUUGUGCUUAGCAUCCUUAGGUUUGUGCAUGUUGGUGCUAGCAAUCUAAUUAGCCACCUUAGGCUAGAUUAAAGAGGAGAAUCCUCCUUCCAAGGGAGACUCAAUCGAGUUGGUUUUCCUUCCGCUUUCUAAGCCACCUAAACUAGGUUAAGUUAGGGCAAACCUCAAUAUUUAGUUAAACAAAUCGGUUAAUCGUGAUUAAGCCGUCCGACCCUAGAGUUGAGUGAGGGAGUAAGUCAACUACCGAUUAUCUAAACCGAGAGGGUCGAGUGACACGGCCUUUCAUGCUUACCUCGGUUUAGAAAUUGAGAUUGUGGUCUCCAACCAUAUAUGCAUCCCUCUGCGGUUCACGAUUACCGUGCCCAAAGUAAUCGGUCCAAUUCACAUAGCAUGGUAGCAGUUAGGGGGGAGCGACACCCGAGUGAUCUUUCCACCAAAGAGUUAUCAAAACCAUUUACCUUUGCUUUCUUUCAUUUCAAUUAGCAAACCUUUAAACCAAAGGUUUGUUGCUAAAUAAUGAUUUCAACAACUGAAGUAGGGGUAGACGGACCGACCUGGGCCGAUAUCUAAAUACUUUCCCCAUACUGCACCCGAUUAGAGUUUAAAAACUUGGGCUCUAGUUGGGAUUUUAUUGUGGUAAAGUUUCGUGCGAGUCAAGUUUUUGGCACCGUUGCCGGGGACAACGGUCUGUUAUUCUGAAAAGUUGUUGGUUGUUAAUCUAGCUUUUAAUUUCAAGUUUUACAAGUGUGUGUUCUUUGCUUGUGCUAGAAUUGGUGUGUUUUCCGAUUGUGUGUAGGUGGUACAUGACCCGGAGCAACCCGAAACCUUUGCUACCGCUUGACGAGGACAUAAACCGAACUCUCCGACUCCUAGCAUGGGAGAGAGAGCUAGCAGAGGCAAGGAGAAGAAGUGAAAGAGGGGGACAACGUUUGGAUCCCGGUGUUAGUGGAGAAGUAGUUGAAGAAGUGGAAGUUGAACCCGUCAUUGAAGUCGAAUGGCGGGGAACCAAAGGCAAGAUGGAGCCGCUCAAGCCCGACAACUGAACGAUGCGGCGGAGGAAGAGGAUGCCCCAAGGACGAUGAGGUACUAUAUGGCCCCAAGGUCGGUGGACCUUCAAUUGGAAAUCCUACAUCCUCCAGUGGCAGCAAACAAUUUCGAGAUCAUGCCGCCUCUAGUGACUAUGAUACAAAGUAAUGCUCUAUUCGACGGCCUUGAGAGCGAGUCACCAAGAGAGCACGUGCAGAGAUUCUUGGAGCUCGCGGGGAGUUUGAAAAUUAAUGGUGUGCCGGCCGAAACUUUACAACUAAGGCUUUUCCCUUACUCACUCUCGGGGAAAGCACAUAGGUGGCUAAACAACCACACACCUCGGUCUAUCACCUCAUGGGACGACCUCCUCAACAAGUUUAUGGCUCGUUAUUGCCUUCCUUUGAAGACGGCGGAGUGGAGAAAGAAGAUUACACAUUUCGAGCAAGAAGAGGACGAGACCUUGAGGGAUGCUUAGGAGAGGCACUCCGAUUACUUUCAUCAGUGCCCUCACCACGGGUUUGAAGAACAGUUCCGGAUGGAAACCUUAUAUGGAGGCCUAAUGCAAGAAGAUAAAAUCCUCAUUGACUC